CCUCCUCUCUUUCAGCAUCGCCGGCAACAACGACGGCCAUGCUCUCCGCCGCCGCCUCGGCCAUUCCCAGGCUCCGGUGGGCCGCGACGCCGGGGCGCGCUUCGCCGAGCACCCGGUGGUCUCUGCUGCGGCGGCGCCCACUCUCCUCCUCCCCGAGCGCAGCGCCCACUGCGGGGCCGGGGGCCCUGGAGCCGCCGGACCUUCCCCGCCUCGCCAACUCUGCCCGCAUAUCUCUCUCUCCGCAAGAGGCUGAGGAGUUCGCGCCCAAGAUUCAGCAGGUGGUGGACUGGUUUGGGCAACUUCAGUCGGUUGAUCUUGAAUCCAUUGAGCCUUCACUUCGGGCUGAUACUGCAGCUGGCAGUUCUUUGAGAGAAGACAAGGCGGAACCAUUUGCUAACAGAGAUGCCAUAAUAGAGGCCCUUCCAAGUUACGAUGAUCCAUACAUCAAAGUGCCAAAUGCGCUGACUAAAGAAUGACAUGUGGGACUGCAAAUCAAAAUUAUGAUAUUAUUACCAUUCUAUUCCAUUGUACAAUGAGGCAUGGUGAAACAAUUGAACUUACAAAGCAUCGAGCGAGCAAUCAGCAAGCCUGAGUUAAGUUCGACAUCCUUUCGGCUAGAACAUCACGACUCAAUAACUUGAGCGACGGAUUUGAGUGUCUGCAACAGAAGAUCCGGAUGUGCCAUUUUGCGUUUGGACCAAACACAUGCCAGUUCCUUAAUAUGCUUUUAUGUUUCUGGAAUAUGGGGGGCUUCUAGCCUUCUAGGGCUAUGCGUCCCAAACAGCGAUCGCGUCCAUGUGAUGCUAUCAACUGGUAAUUUGCCAUUAGUCUGUUGAUCAUGUAAGUGUUCUGGGUUAGUGUUUAUCCAGCUUCUAGGACUUAUCUUGCUUUCUGUUUUGAGUUUUCUGCAGGUUAUAGCUUUUUAAUCCUGUAGUAAAAUGUUCCGGGUUAGGUGGAAAUAGGGAUGCAAGCAGACGUCCCUCAUAUCCUGUAUAAGUAGGGAAAUGGUUCAAACUAAGAUAAAUCUGGGUGAGUAAGUUAUAGUUAACGUGAUCUAUUUAUACCAUGAA